AUGGCAGAGCAGACGAUGGUGGCGCUGCUGUGGCAGCAGGGAGAUGCGAGGGGCACGCUCAACCUGCCGGCGUCGACCAAGGUGGAGGACCUCAAGCUGCGCCUCAACGCGAGCGACUGCGAUGCGGUGAUGUUUGACGCGGUCAUCAUCGAGGUGAGGAAGGCCGGCUCUGUCCUCAAGCGCGGUCGGAGCCUACUUCACUGGCUCGCGGCUCUCUGCACGCCGAGGCUGAACGACCACGUGCGUCCGGUCCUAUGCUUUGGCGACUCGAUCACCGAGGGCUACCACAACAUUUGGCCUCACAAAACCAUCGCGCCUCAGCGCACGCUUCCGGCCAAUGUCAACAGUCACGAGCACGCCGCGCUCCUCUGCCACCCGUACAGCAUACGCCUCGGCUCGCUGCUGGCGGACGACGUCGGCGACGGCGCAGGCGGCUACAAGGACUCGCUCCGCUACGCACGCGCACGGGCCUACUCGGGUUGGACAGCGGAGGAGCUGCUGCCGGUGCUUCGCCGCUCGCUGCGCGAGGGUCCGUGGCGCUGCGCCGUCAUCAUGGCCGGCUGCAACGACAUCCUCUGGCGGAGCGCGAGCGCGGCGACGACCCUGACGCACCUCGAGGCGCUCUACGCCGCGUGCGACGAGGCGGGUGUGCCCGUUGUCGCGCUGAGCAACACGGAGGCCGACCUCGGCGAGUUCUUCAGCGGUGAGCAGCUCGCCGAGCGGACGGCCGCGCUGCGCGAGGUGGCGGCGGGCGUGCUGCAGAUGCGCUCCAAGCGUGCUGUCGCCGACGUGCGCGCCGCGCUGCCUCUCGGCGCGCAGCAUUUUGACGACGCGCUGCAUCCGUCGCCUGCGGGUUCCGACCGGAUAGCGGAGGCGGUCUUUCAAGCGAUCAAGCUGCACGGGCUGUAG